UAAUGCUCAAAAUAUAGUUCGACAGCGCAAGCUGCAUGACAUUUCAUUUUUGUGAAGUUUUCUUUCAGUUGGUUAAUCACAUUUUAAAACUGGAUAUUUUGUAGUUGGUUCCGCAAAUCUGAAACAAUUGUAUCGAAUACAGAAGCAAACUAUCCCAUUAAUUCAUCAGCCAUGGACAACGUGUUGGGUCUGUAUAAACAGCUGAAAACAGAGUGGACAAAGAGUCCUAUAAACCUUAAGCUAUGUGGAUCGCUGCUUGAUAAACUAAAAAUCGCACUUACUGAACUGUCAUACCUACCUAGCAAUUGUCCGGCAUCGCAACAGGAGCUACUGAUUGCACGCGACGUUUUGGAAAUAGGAGUCGAGUACAGUGUGGCGACGAAGAACAUCCUGUCAUUCGAAAGAUAUAUUUCGCAACUCAAAUGUUACUAUUACGAUUAUAAGAAUGAAAUAGGUGAAUCAAAAAACAAGUAUCAACUUCUGGGGUUGAAUCUACUGUUCCUCCUAUCACAGAACCGUGUGGCUGAAUUUCAUACCGAGUUGGAACUUCUUCCAGCCGAUAUCAUUCAGGCAAACGAGUACAUCCGUCACCCGCUAGCUCUAGAGCAGUAUUUCAUGGAAGGACGGUACAACAAAAUUUUCCAAGCCAAGGGUAAUGCACCUGCAGAAAGCUACAAUUUCUUCAUAGACAUUUUGCUGCAAACAGUGCGGGAUGAGAUCGGUGCCUGUUUGGAGAGUUCAUAUGAGAAGGUUUCUCUCCAGGAAGCAGCCAAGAGACUGAAUUUGAAAACUAAGGAAGAAGUCAAACAAUUUGGCGAAAAGAAAGGUUGGAAGCUUAAUCCCGAUGGGUUUUAUCAUUUUGUUAGUGAGCUUGUUAAACCCAAAGAACCGAUCCCUUCGAGGGAACUGGCAGAGCAAGCUAUUUUCUACGCUCGUGAGCUAGAGAUGAUUGUCUAACUUGGGAAAUUUCUCUACUAUGUCUAACCCCAAUAAGCCAGCAAGUUCAGUUUUGAAAAGAUCUUUGUAUUGAUUAAAAUCGGACAAAUAACGAAUAAAUAUGGAACCAUAA